AUGCGCGCCCUCACUCUCACCACCCUCCUAGCAACCCUCCUAGCAACCCUCACAGCAGUCACCGGCUCUCCCCUCAAGUCCAAGUCCAAGUCCAAGUCCAAACCAAACUACAUAGAUUGGCACACCUUCCACGCCCGCGGCGUCAACCUAGGCGGCUGGCUCGAACAAGAAUCAACAAUCGAUGUCCCCUGGUGGAGCAAAUACUCCCACGGCGCCGCCGACGAAUGGCAUAUGUGCGAGAAACUAGGCUCAAAAUGCGCCUCCGUCUUCGAAACCCGCUACUCAACAUUCAUCACAACAUCAGACAUCGACACCCUCGCCGCUGCAGGAAUAACCAUGCUCCGCAUCCCCACUACCUACGCUGCCUGGAUCCAUGUUCCCGGCUCAGGUCUCUACCGCGGUAACCAACAAGAACACCUACACCGCAUCGCAACCUACGCUAUCGAGAAAUACGCCAUGCACAUCGUCGUCGACAUCCACUCCCUACCCGGCGGGACGAACGGUCUCGAUAUCGGCGAAGCCGUAAACCAUUGGGGAUGGUGGUGGAACGAGACGAACCUCGAAUACUCCCUCCAAGCCGUCGACGCGUUAAUCGACUUUGUGCAAACCUCCGGCCAUCCAGAGAGUUAUUCCAUCGAACCGAUCAACGAGCCAGCCGAUAACCACAACUUCUCUGACUUUGGCACACCCGCUGCACUAAGCGAGCGUGGCGCAAAAUGGCUGUUGAAAUAUAUCCACGCCGUUCUCGAGCACGUCGAACGCGUGAAUCCCAGAAUCCCCGUAAUGUUCCAGGGCAGUUUCAAGCCUGAAACGUACUGGUCUCCGCAUUUCGAGAAGAGUAAGAAUCUGGUCUUUGAUGUGCAUCAUUAUUAUUUUCAAUAUGGUAAUUCGACUUCGGAGAAUUUGCCGACUUUUAUCUGCGCCGAUGCAAAGGCGAGUAAAGGGGAUGGGAAGUUUCCUACUUUUGUGGGUGAGUGGGCUAUGGAGGCUGGGUUGAAGAAUGAGUUGGCUUUGCGCGGAAGAAAUCUCAAGGCGGGAACGUCUGCGUUUGCACAAUUCACGCAUGGGAGCUCGUAUUGGAAUGCCAAGUUUAUCAGUAAUGUUACUGUUGCGGGGAGUGUGGAUAAGGGGGAUAAGGGGGAUUAUUGGAGUUAUGAGGAGUUUAUUGAUGCGGGGUAUACGGAUGGGAUGGUCGAUGUGGUGGAUUACUGCAAGUAA